AUGAAUACAUUUAUUGGACAUACGUAAUACUGCCGGUAAUACAUAUAGCUAUAAAUACUCUGGUAUAGUAGAACUGUUCCCGGAUCAGGGAAAGUAAGAUCUAUUUUAAAGGGUAGUGUCUUCUGACUGACCCCAUGUAGAAACCGGUGAUUUCUCGAGAGGUGCACAUAAAAAUUGCUUGUCAGCCGGUAAUCAGCCGAAAAUCAUUAAUACAAGUUGUCUGAAUUAACAGUGUACAUUCGGGAGUGUUGCUAACUAGAUCUUUACACGUAUUUCUUUUUUCCGUAUACCCACUCUUCCAUCGUACGAUUGCGACCUUAGCCUCAUUGUCAGCAUUAUUUCACGGAUAUCCUAGACACGUGCUAUUUAAUUAACGAUGCCAAACAUACGAAUGCUGGUGCUGCCAGCACUAGCUGCUAUAGGAACCAUAGUUGCUAUAGGACUAGCAGUGAAAUUCUACAAAUGUUGGAGUGAUGAUAAGAAGAAGAAAUCCCCUAUUUUACUGGUUGAUCCAGUUGUUAAAUAUAGCCUGCCAUUAAUUGAGAAAGAAAUACUUAGUCAUGAUACAAGAAAGUUUAGAUUUGCGUUGCCAACACCAGACCAUAUUCUAGGAUUACCAGUUGGCCAACAUAUACAUUUAACAGCAAAAAUCGAUGGAGAAGUUGUUAUACGUUCUUAUACACCAGUCUCCAGUGAUGAUGAUCAUGGUUUUGUCGAUCUUGUGAUCAAAGUAUACUUUAAAAAUGUACAUCCGAAAUUCCCCGAAGGAGGAAAACUGUCACAGUUCUUAGAAAACUUGAAAACUGGGGAGACAGUAGAUUUUAGAGGACCAUCUGGUAGACUUGUCUAUAAGGGUCAUGGAAAGUUUUCCAUAAAAAUUCUAAGGAAGGACCCAGCUGCAGAUUACAGUGCUAAAAAGAUUGUAAUGUUAGCUGGUGGUACAGGAAUCACACCAAUGCUGCAAUUAGUUCGCGCUAUAGUGAAAGACCCCACAGAUGAAACUGAGUGUUCCUUACUUUUUGCAAAUCAAACCGAGAAAGACAUAUUGUUGCGAGAUGAAUUAGACGAGGUUGCAAGGGAUUAUCCAAAAAAGUUCAAGGUUUGGUAUACACUGGAUACCAGUGGUGAAAAUUGGGCCUAUAGUACAGGGCAUAUAAAUGCAGAAAUGAUAGAAAAACACAUGUUUCCGCCAUCGCCUGAUACUCUUGUACUUAUGUGCGGCCCACCACCAAUGAUUAAUUUUGCUUGUAAUCCGAACCUCGACAAACUUGGAUACGAUCCAAAAUUGCGAUUUGCUUAUUAAGAGCACCAUAUCGUUAUUUCGUUGCACUGAAAUGUAAACUGCAUCCAGCUUAUUAGGCUGUUUUUUUGUUGUACAAUAUGUCUAAAAGCAUUUAAGGACAAUGCAUUUUUCCGUUUUAUUAUAAAUCAUUAUAUAAACCACUUGAAAACAUCUAUGUGCCUAAUCGAUAGUAUAAUUUUGCACAUGAAAAUGUUCAUAACAGUAUUUAGUUGAACAAUUAAAUUCAUUUCAAUUAUUUUUUAUUUAGACUUUAUGUCAUUAAUAAUAUUUAGUUGUCCGCAGGAAAAGAAAAAUGUGUUACAGAUUAAAGACAGUAAUUUUUAGAUUUUGUAAUUCCAUAUUUUCUACAAAUGCAAUUUUUAAGAAUUUUUGAUUAAACAUUUUUCAUUUUUUAUAAGAUACAUCACCAGUGCAAAGGUUAGUGAAAAAUGCUGUGUAGGUUAAAGCAUUUAAUGAUGUUAAACCUAUUGUAUUGUUAUAAAAAAAUGAUGAUGCCAAA